AUAAACUAGUCCAAGUAGUGGUGUUGCACCAAGCAGGGUCAGGUUACUUCUCAAAAAAAGGGGUUGCAAAAAGUUCUCUCCACAUUUUACUAAGUCAAAUAUCAAUACCUGUGUAAUUUAUCAGAUGUUCAUGCUUUCAUUGGAUAUGUAUUUGGUUUUAAGGCCAAACAUAUUUUGUAGUGACAGUAAUGUAGCAUGCUUCUCAACGUGUAAGUAAUGACAUCCACGUUAUUUAGAUGUGUAUGUUUGGUCAGGCACUGAUUGGCCAGAGUUGGAGACCCCACAUAUUUUGUACGUUUUGAAAUCAGCCCACUUUCUUGCUGUCCGAAAAGGUCUCCCCUCUCUUCUCACUGCCUCCCCCUCUCCUCCUCACCCCCUUCGCCCCUGUGUGCAGAUCUCCACUCUGAGUUCAGCCCCUUCAGUUCAGCUGGAGGCUCGGGUUUAUCUGGGACCGAAGGGGAAGCCAUUCAGGAGCUACGCGCCGUCAGGUGAAAGAAGGCUCCGUUGCGGACGCUGGGGGGGAGUGAGAGAGGACCGGGAACCAGGGACGUGACUUUUUUCGCUUUAACUUGGGUUUGUGAGGGCGACAAGGAGCCAUGGCGUUGUUCUCUGCUCUUUGGGUGCUCUUACUGUGCCAGCUUUUGACAUCAUCCUCAGCUCAGAGGCCUGGCCCCAGAGGAGCCACUGGGCCCCUAGGACCCCCAGGGCCUGCAGGAAAGGAUGGCACUGAUGGAAAACCUGGACCUGCUGGACUGCCGGGGAAAGCUGGCCCCAAAGGGAAAUCAGGAAUACCAGGGGUAGCAGGGAAACCAGGCCUGCCAGGACUUCCAGGGGUGGACGGCUUGACGGGUCCUGAUGGUCCUGCUGGGAAAGAUGGACCCCCAGGGGAAGCAGGUGAUGCUGGACCUUCUGGGCCCGCUGGACCUCCUGGCAGAGGGAGACCAGGAGCCCCAGGACUACCUGGAACCAACGGGUUGCCAGGCGGAGUCGGACCUCAGGGUUCAGCAGGUGCUGAGGGUCUCUCAGGACUUCCUGGACCUGCUGGCCCUGAUGGACCACCAGGACUUCCUGGUACUCUUCAAGACCUCAGCGGUGACCUUUUGUGUCCUGCGAUCUGCCCCCCUGGUCCCUCUGGCCCCCCUGGGAUGCCAGGAUUCAAGGGUCACACUGGGCACAAAGGAGACAAGGGAGAGCUUGGGAAAGAUGGAGAGAAGGGUGAUGCUGGUCCACCUGGUCCUCCAGGUAUUCCUGGGACUGUGGGUCUGCAGGGCCCUCGUGGUCUCAGAGGCUUACAAGGCCCCAUGGGAGCUGUAGGAGACAGAGGCCAUCCUGGUUUCAGAGGAAAACCUGGCAUUACAGGCAUUAUCGGGAAGACAGGUGAUGCUGGAGAAAAAGGGCCUCAGGGAUUCAUAGGACCCAAAGGAGAAAUUGGUAAAAUUGGUCCUAAAGGAGGUCCUGGGGGAGCUGGACCCAAAGGAGAGCCUGGUAUUCCUGGCAGAGAUGGUAAAGAUGGAACACCAGGAUUAGAUGGUGAGAAGGGUGAUGCUGGACGCCAUGGAGUUGUGGGGGAGAAAGGACCAAAUGGCCUUCCUGGUCUCCAAGGAAAGGCUGGUGCAAAGGGCUCCAAAGGAGGAGUUGGGGAUUCAGGGAAGGAUGGGGAGACGGGACCCUCUGGAGAGCCAGGUAUUCCUGGUGAUAUUGGCAUCCCAGGAGAGAGGGGGAUAGCAGGACCCAGAGGAGUGGCUGGAGGAAUUGGACAAGCAGGCAAUCCUGGGCCUCUGGGGGUGAAAGGCUUCCAGGGGGUAAAAGGAGGCUUGGGGGACCCAGGUCUGCCAGGUCCAACGGGAAUCCGUGGAGAAUUUGGUGAAAGGGGUCCAGUCGGAGCUUCUGGAACCAAAGGAGACAUGGGUGUGGCAGGAAGUGAUGGUUUACCAGGGGAGAACGGAGAACCUGGUCCCUUCGGCCCAGUUGGACAAAAAGGAGAGUCUGGGAAGCGAGGUGAACUUGGACCAAAGGGUGUGACAGGUCCACAAGGAGAGCUUGGGGCAAGAGGGCUCCCAGGAAAACAAGGAACAAUGGGCUUCCAGGGUGAGCAGGGUCAGCCUGGAAUUGCAGGAAAGACAGGUGUACCUGGUAAAUUAACAAGUGAGCAGCACAUUAGAGAGCUGUGCGGUUCGAUGAUCGAUGAUCAGAUUGCACAGCUGGCUGCUAACCUUCGAAGACCCCUGGCCCCAGGAAUGGUGGGCCGCCCCGGCCCUGCUGGAACUUCAGGAAAGCCUGGAGUUGCUGGCUCUAUUGGGCAUCCAGGUUCCCGUGGACCCCCAGGGUACAGAGGUCUGCCAGGAGAACUUGGAGACCCUGGUCCCAGAGGUGAUGUGGGAGAGCAAGGGGAUAAGGGAUCUCUUGGCAAAGCCAUUGAUGGACCAGCUGGAGACCAAGGAUACCAGGGUCUUCCAGGUGUACUUGGAAUUGUUAAAGAUGGGCGUGAUGGAUCUCCAGGGGAUCCAGGUGAGCCUGGAGAAUCAGGCAGGGCGGGCAGGACUGGACACCAGGGACCCCCUGGAAUCUGUGACACAUCAGCCUGCCAGGGAGCAGCAGCCGCUGGAAAAUCCUCCAACCCCAAAAACCAUUAAACCCGACUUCCUGCCACCUGUCGCCCUCCACCCAAGAGAGCAAGGCUUGAUACGUAAAGGAAGAAAGGAGUGAGGGAAGCGAGUGGUCACAAAAAUGUCCUCUUUAUUUAAAUAAAAGUAUCACAGGAUGGGAAGAGUAACAUCAGCAGGUGUGAUAUUCUGAGAAGAAUGGAGGAACAUCCGAAUAUUGACACAAAGAAACAGAGCAACUGAUCGACAGAAACAUCAACAGAGAAAAAGUGGACAGAGGGAGGAAGAGUUCAAGAGCAUAACUGCAUUGCUACAGAUUCUACAAUAUCACAAAACAAGACUUGACUUAUAAACAGCUGAAGACGAAUGAUGAGUCCUUUGUGUAUAAAAACUUUGUACAUGUUGUUUCCAUGCCCCCGUUAACCUUUGCUAGCAUCGCUGUGGCAGAUGACACUCUGAAAACAACAGUGACUGUCUCUGAAGUGAAUGUGCAUGUAUCAUGGCCCCCUUUCAUGUCAAUCACAGGUGUUACCUCAACAUACAAGCUUACAGUGUAAAAUAUGGAAAACAGACAGAGGUGAAAAGCCUCUGUCAGAGAGCUGUGUACCGUCAAAGGAAUAAAAAGCACAAGAACCAAGGUGCUGACAAAUUGUGUAGAUUAAUGCAAAAAUACUUUUUGAUAGUCUUUUUUUACAGCUUGUUUUUUUUUAAUUAUAUGUGAAGUUGGUUCUCUAGAUUUGAGGAUCAGAAACAAAAUAAAACAUGUGGAUGCAUAAAUCAGUCAUUACAAAACCAAUCGAAGGAGCAAGGUAAUUAUUUCAAUGUCUUUUUUUUCUCCAAUCUGCAAUGACCACAUCCACUAUGUACUACCGGUGCUGUAACUAUUAAAUAUACAUGACCUUAAAUACUAUUUAUUAUUUGUGGGUGACUGUUGUAUGUACAGUAAGAUGCUACAGCGACAUGUUGUAAGAAAGAACAAAUAAAGCCACUUUUCAGUAAAACAUUA